AUGUGUUUGGUGUUCGUGUGCAAUGAGGACGAAAGGGUGAUAUCUAGGCAACCGGCACCAGGGUCGUGUCCGUACUGUGGAGGGAUGAUACAUGCCAUGGACGUUGAGAGUCAAUGGAGGUUUUGUUUCCUGCCUCUGUAUUUUAGGACCAAGAAAAAGUACUAUUGCAGUAUGUGUGCUAGGCAUUUGGUCGUCAAAUACCAAGACUAUAUGUAGA